UUCGUUAUAUCUGCAUGGACAGCGAACCUUCUCAUCACUCCAGCGUUUCGUUGCUCUGUGGUGCCAGAAUGGACACAACUCGAGCAAUUCAGGACAUAUUUGCAGAUUUUGUGUUUUUAUUUCUUAUAUGGAUUGAACCCUCCUCAGGGUCAACAAAUCUUGCACUCCUCCAUCCGGCAACGCAAAGUGCCUCAUCGAGUCUCACAGGACCGGAUAAAGCCGUGGAUGGGUUCAAUAACACAGCUCAAGAUGUAGCCAACAACCUGUACUGCACCUUCGUGGAGACAGUAGGUCAGCCUGUUCCAGGAUGGUGGCAGGUGGAUAUCCAGGUGACCGUCAGGGUGGGCAGUGUCCGGAUCACCCCUGCUCAAUAUGAUUAUGGAUUACCAAAGGACUUUCAACUGGUCGUAUACCCCGAUGCACAGUGUCCACAAAGCCCAAAACUUUGCUUUGAGUAUACUGGAAUAUUCUCUAACGGAGUGGCGGAAACCAUCUACUGUUCGAAGCCUGUGAGAGGGCGAUUUGUUCGCUUCAUUCAGAACGAUCCAUUGUUCUUAUGUGAGGUCGAGGUGUAUGAAUAUGAAGCCCAAACGGAAUUUAAAGACGCCAUAUUUAUGCAGAUACCGGAAAAGAAGUUCGACCUAACAGGGCCUGUUGAGAUGGAGACCAGGUCCGCCUUGGACUGUGCAAGAUCCUGCUUGCAACUUGGUUCCUGUCCUGCUUUCAAUUAUAGAAGUGACUCACGAGUAUGCGAGGUCUCGUCUAACGGAAACAGCAGUGGACUGACUGCGGGAAACCCAGUGUGGGAUGCAUAUGAACUGGAUCUGUGUUUGGAUAACUAACAUUCUAAAUAAAUCAGAGGAAUUUACAAAAUAAAACAUGUCGCUUGUCAACGUGAUGUCCGAUGCGAUCCCAUACCAUGAUAUUUACAUGGAGUUGACACACCUCCCUGCUCAUCGACAAAUACUUUUUUUCAUGAAUAUUUUCAUUUUCCAUAUGACAUCCGUACUCUUUUCGCGAACACAUGGUGUCAUCAUUGGUUUUCAUCAUUACGUUUUCUUCUGCUUGGGAAUCGUUUUGGCAGAUAUACUAGACGUAGUGUUCACUUGCGAAAGAAGUGCCAUCUGUUUUUGUAUGAAUAGCUCAAAAGAAUUGAGUGACAAAUGUUUGGAAUUUUCUGAUCGAUUAUCUGUUAAGUCCUUUCAGAAGAGUCCGAAAUCAUAAUUCAUAUCCUUAGAAGCUUCCACGUCCACCAUUGUUAGUCA